AACAGCUGAAGAUAAGAUGGAUAUCUGCUAAGGAGAGGUUUACAUCACUUCGUACUGUUGUUGAAUUUUUAUACUAUUAUCUCAGACACUGUUUAGUGGCCCUGCUGUUUGGAUUACAGGAUUACUUAAUCCGUGACGCAGCAGAAUGGACGGUGCGCAAUCUGCGGCGCAGGCGAUCUCCUGAGGACAGACAUAGGCAAGCAUGUUGCGUUUGCCUGUUGCGACCCGCAGUCUCUUUCCAGCAGCUAUUAGCAAAGGAGGCAAGGCUGUGACUCACAAUGUUCGCCCUGCAUCCACUGCAACAGCAGCAGCAGCCAGUAACCUCCUGGAGGUGUUUGUGGAUGGGAAGCCUGUUAUGGUGGAGCCAGGAACAACUGUGUUGCAGGCGUGUGAGAAGGCAGGCAUGCAGAUUCCCCGCUUCUGCUACCACGAGCGCUUGUCAGUUGCUGGAAACUGCCGCAUGUGUCUUGUGGAGAUAGAAAAAGUUCCUAAGCCGGUGGCAGCUUGUGCUAUGCCUGUCAUGAAAGGCUGGAACAUUUUAACCAAUUCUGACAAGACACGGAGGGCCAGAGAGGGGGUGAUGGAGUUCCUACUGGCUAACCACCCAUUAGAUUGUCCUAUUUGUGAUCAAGGAGGUGAAUGUGACCUACAGGAUCAGUCCAUGCAGUUUGGCAGCGACAGAAGCCGCUUCACAGAGGGCAAAAGAGCCGUGGAAGAUAAAAACAUUGGCCCCCUCAUCAAAACUAUUAUGACUCGCUGCAUUCAGUGCACUCGUUGUGUGCGCUUUGCCAGUGAGAUUGCAGGCGUGGAAGAGCUGGGCACCACUGGCAGAGGCAACGAUCUGCAGAUUGGGACUUACGUGGAAAAGAUGUUCAUGUCAGAAUUAUCUGGGAAUAUUAUUGAUAUAUGCCCAGUGGGAGCCCUGACCUCUAAACCGUAUGCUUUCACUGCCCGCCCAUGGGAGACCAGGAAGACUGAAUCGAUUGACGUACUUGAUGCUGUGGGUAGUAACAUCGUUGUGAGCACUCGCGGCGGCGAGGUGAUGAGGAUUCUGCCUCGCCUUCAUGAAGAUAUUAACGAGGAAUGGAUCUCAGACAAAACCAGGUUUGCUUAUGAUGGGCUUAAGAGACAGAGGCUUACUCAGCCAAUGGUGAAAAAUGAGUCUGGGCAGUUGGUUCCCACAUCCUGGGAAGACGCGCUGACUCGAGUUGCUGGAGCAUUGCAAGGAGUUGAAGGAAAGGACAUUGCUGCUGUUGCUGGAGGUUUGGUCGAUGCUGAGGCUCUCAUUUCCCUGAAAGACUUGCUGAACCAUUUGAAUAGUGACAACCUGUGCACUGAGGAGACGUUCCCCAUGGCUGGAGCAGGAUCUGACCUGCGUUCAAACUAUCUUCUGAACACUGGAAUUGCUGGGAUUGAAGAAGCUGACCUGCUACUUUUAGUUGGCACUAAUCCACGGUAUGAGGCUCCAUUGUAUAAUGCACGGGUCAGAAAAGGCUGGCUGCACAAUGAGUUACAUGUGGCUCUGGUGGGAAAGGAGGUGGACCUUAGUUACACAUAUGAGCAUCUUGGUGAAUCAGCCAAGAUCCUUGAAGAAAUUGCUUCAGGAACUCACCCAUUCUUCCAGGUCUUAGCCAAAGCAAAGCAUCCUGCUGUUGUAGUUGGCAGCGGUUGCCUGCAGAGAGAGGAUGGGGCUGCGAUAAUGGCUGCUGUGUCAACCAUUGCCCACAAUGCUCGUGUCAGCAGUGGAGUGGAGGAAACCUGGAAGGUUCUCAAUGUGCUUCACAGGGUUGCCAGUCAAGUAGCUGCACUUGAUCUGGGGUACAAGCCAGGAGUGGAUGCUAUCAGGAAGAACCCACCCAAAGUUCUGUUCCUACUUGGAGCUGAUGCUGGCUCCAUCACUCGCCAAGAUCUCCCUAAGAAUAGCUUGAUAAUUUAUCAAGGUCACCAUGGCGAUGUCAGUGCACCAAUGGCUGAUAUCAUCCUUCCCGGAGCUGCAUACACUGAGAAAUGUGGCACGUAUGUGAACACUGAAGGUCGUGCCCAGCAGACCAAGGUGGCAGUGACUCCUCCAGGCGCAGCCAGAGAGGACUGGAAGAUCAUCAGAGUCGUAUCUGAGUUACCCACAGAUCCAAUAAGCAGAGCCUCCCAAACCAUGGCGAAGUGUGUGAAAGCCGUCACAGAGGGGGCACAAGCUGUGGAUGAACCAGCCAUAUGCUAAAGCACAAAUGGAUAGCCAUCCAGUUCCUAGAUGAUACGCACAACUCCUUUAUUUGCACAUUCCUAGAAAUGUAUUUGCACUUGUUUGGACAUAGAUAUUCUACUAUAGAGUAAGUUUCAUAAUGUGAGCAAACAUACCUGCAGAAAUAUGUCUUAAGUGAUGUAGGCUGAGUGAAAAUGUCAUCUUAGAUCUGCCAAGUAUUCAAAGAUGCACACCUCACAGUUUUUUCCCUUUAUCAGUGCUCACAUUUUUGUAGGCGUGACCAAAGAUUAAAAAUCUUUAUCUUUGUCUUUCUGUAAAACUGACAAUAUAUUUUCCUAGACAUAUUUAAAAUAAAUAGUAUUUAAAAAGUGUAGCUCUUUGUAAAUGUCAUAUAUAUUAAUAAACCAAUCACCUUUAGCAAGUCUAA